AUGUCCCUCACAAACGAAGAUUGGGAAGAAAUCCGCCAGGACAUCCCCUCGGUCUCGGACCCUUUCAUCGCACAGUACAUCAAUGGUCGCGAAGCGCUCAUCGCCCAGGAGCACAAGUCACGCGCCGACGCUUCCUUCCGCGCCGCGGCUUCGCCCAUUGCCCGCCGUGCGGCUGACAUUGUCGCCCGCAUCCGCGACGAGGAGAAGCGGACGAUAUGGAACGCGCAGGCCGAAGAGGACCUCGCCACGAGCGAGGGUCUUGCACCUUUCCCCGGGAUGAUGUUCACGCUCGCCAAGCAGCGCCUCGAAACGACCCGUCUGUGGCGCAUUGUGCAGAAGAUGCCCAAGGGCUCUCUUCUCCACGCUCACUUGGACGCCAUGGUUGACUUUGAUUUCCUGUUCGAUGUUCUGCUGAACACCCCCGGCAUGCAUUUUGCGGCGGACGAGCCCCUCUCGAACGAGGCGGCCAAGUCCAACUCUGGAGUUCACUUCAGAUUCAAAAAGGAGGAGAACAGCCAGAGUUCACCGUGGGAGAACAGCUAUGUUCCCGGAGAAUUUCGGCUGCUUGCCAAGACGGCGGACGAGUAUCCCGACGGCGGGAGGACGGGAUUCCUGAAAUGGCUGAAGGCGAGAUGUACCAUCACGCUGACGGAUAGCAUGGAGCAGCACCACGGUAUUGACGCCGUGUGGCGCAAGUUUGUCUCAUGCUUCACAGUCACCAGCACCAUCAUUCACUACGAGCCUAUUUUCCGCGCCUUUCUGAAGAGGCUCAUGGCGUCGCUGCUGGCGGACGGCAUCUACUGGAUUGAACUCAGGUUUACUUGGCCGCUCAACUAUUGCCGCGACAGGCAAGAGGAGCCAGAGAAGGACUACAACCACAUGUUCCAGGUAAUGGAGGAGGAGCUCGCGCUCUUCAAGUCCGACCCCGCCAACGCCGCCUUCUGGGGCUUCCGCACCAUCUGGACCACCAUCCGUCAACUGCCUACGCGCGACAUCAUCGAGAGUAUGGACAACUGCAUCACCACCAAGAUCUCGUGGCCGCACCUCAUCGCCGGCUACGACCUCGUCGGCCAGGAGGACCUGGGCCGGCCCCUGCGCGACCUGCUCCCGGAGCUCUUCUGGUUCCGCAAGCAGUGCGCGCAGGAGGGCGUCAACCUCCCCUUCUUCUUCCACGCCGGCGAGACGCUUGGCGACGGCGACGAAACGGACCAGAACCUCUUUGACGCCAUCCUCCUCGGCACGCGCCGCAUCGGUCACGGCUUCUCCCUGUACAAGCACCCACUCCUCAUCGACAUGAUUAAGGACAAGCGCAUCCUCGUCGAGUCGUGCCCCAUUAGCAACGAGGUCCUCCGCCUCUGCGGCUCCAUCAUGUCGCACCCGCUACCCGCGCUGCUGUCCCGCGGCGUCCCCUGCGCUCUUUGCAACGACGACCCGGCCAUGCUGGGCCAGGACACGGCGGGCAUGUCGCACGACUACUGGCAGGCGCUGCAGGGCUGGGAGAACGUCGGGCUGCUGGGCCUGGGAUCCAUGGCCGAGAACAGCGUGCGGUGGUCCGCGUUCGAGGACGAGACCCCUGAGCAGUGGACCGCGGGCAUCAAAGAGGCGAGCCUGGGGUCAGGCGUCAAGGCGGACCGGCUCAAACAGUGGGCAACCGAGUGGGAAAAGUUCUGUCUCUGGAUCGUGGAAGAGUUCGGCGAAGAGUCGGGAAAGGCAUAA